AACCCUGAUCUGGAAAUGAAUGGCAAGAGCGUUCAUGCGAGAGCUCUUACGCUACGGAAGGAAUCAUGAUUUUCUGAUAAACCCUUUCUCCAAAUCCCAAAGAAACCACUAUUAUUCUUCUUCUGAAUUGGCAUCUGAUUUUCCAUAUUUUUCUUUGAAAGAAACAUCAGUAAACCUCAUACAGACAUGCCGAAACUCAUCCCGAUUUUAUCAGAUCCAGAGCCGCUUCAUAACUUCAGGAUUCUUACAAAGUCCAUCCAUGGCUGGCAGAGUGUUGAAGCUUUCUUUGAAUUUCUGUGACAUUGAUUACACACUAAUGAUUUUCAAGUGUAUUGAUUUUCCAGAUACUUUCUGUGUAAAUACUGUUAUCAAGGCUUAUGCUUGCGCUUCUUUGCCAAACAAAGUUGUAGGGUUUUAUUUUGAAAUGCUUCAAGAAGAUGGGGUGUUGUUUCAACCCAAUAGUUUUACGUUCCCACCUCUGAUUAGCUCGUGUACGAAAUCAAGGGAUUCCGUAUUGGGUCGAAAAUGCCAUGGACAGGCUGUGAAGGUUGGUGCUGAUAUAACUUUGCACGUUGAAAAUGCUUUAAUUCAUAUGUAUGCGUCUUGUGGGUUUAUUGAUAUUGCAUGGAAGGUGUUUGCUGAAAUGCCUGUGAGAGACUUGGUGUCAUGGAACUCUUUGCUGGAUGGGUAUAUCAAAGUCGGUGAUAUGGGGGAUGCCCAUAAACUGUUUGACAAAAUGCCCGAAAGAAAUGUGGUAUCUUGGAAUGCUAUGAUGAAGGGAUAUUUAGAUGUUAAGAACCCUGGGCUUGUGCUGAAGCUGUUUAGGAAGAUGAUUGGAACAGGUGAGAGCGGGAAUGACACAACGAUCGUGAGUGUGCUUACUGCUUGUGGCAGGUCGUGCAGAUUGAAAGAAGGAAGAUCAGUUCACGCUGUUCUUAUCCGAAUGUUGAUGGCUGUAUCAUUGAUCAUUGGCACAGCUCUAAUUGAUAUGUACAGUAAAUGUGGGAGACCAGAUAUUGCUCAGAUCAUCUUUGAUAGAAUGUUAAAUAAGAAUUUGGUGUGUUGGAAUGCAAUUAUUUCAGGCCAAUCUAUUCACGGAAACCCAAAAUGCGGGCUUCGUUUGUUUGAUGAAAUGUUAAAGCUUGGUGAAGUAAUUCCAGAUGAAGCCACUUAUAUUGGUGUGUUAUGUGCUUGUGCUCGUGGAGACUUAUUGCCAGAAGGUAAAAACCACUUUCUUGAAAUGACGAAGGUUUUCAAUAUAAAACCCAAUUUUGCACAUUAUUGGUGCAUGGCUAAUCUCUAUGCUAGCCAUGGUUUAGUCCAAAAUGCAGUUGAAAUCUUGAAGAAUAUGCCGGUUGAAAUAAAUGUGUCACCCCAAUCCUCAUUGUGGGCUGGCUUAUUAGGAUCAUGUCGUUUUAAAGGUGAUGUGGCUACAGGAGAACAAUUUGCAAAAGCCCUGAUUGAAGAUGACCCAUUGAAUCAUUCAUAUCAUGCAUUACUUAUCAUGAUUCAUGCCGUAGCAGGGCGAUGGGAAGAUGUAGCUACGAUUAAGUGUAUGAUGAAGGAAAGAGGGUUUAGUGUACCAGGUUUUAGUCUUGUAGAAUUGACAGAAAUAGUUAACAAUCUUGAGGUGGGAGAUAAAUGGCAAGAUAGCAUAUCUAGGCUCCAUGAGCAUGGAUGAGGAUGAUUCUACAGAAAAACGCGUUAAAAUGCAACAAAGUGUGGUUUAGUUCCUAGUUAGUGUAACGAUAUGAACUAUGUCGAGUCAUGCUAGUUUUGGGUCCAACAAGAAGAACUAACCGGUGAAUGCAUCAAGGUAAUUGCGCUAACGAAUCACUGUUUCGAAGAAAGACUCAUCAGGAACCCAUGAGAGAUUUUUCAUUGUCCCUUUUAAGGUAUUACUACAUACAUGCAUUUCAAGAAACAUAAAUCAUUUAUUCAUAUGAAUUUCUUAAUUUGAGGCUCUUUUGGGCUGUGUGUUUUGAACUGUGACAUCUGGAGAAACUGUAGCUGCUUUUGUUUUUGAUAUCAAAUGACAAUGAACUCUUAUUUUAUUAAGGUUUCACUUC